CCCCUGCAAAUAUUGUCCUUUUCUUUCCUUUCUCUUCUCCUAGAGCUGCUCUACGCGUUCUUGUCUUUUCCCUCAGAUUCCUUCCGCGUUUCCUCUCUCCCUCCUUCCUUUAUAUUCAGCUAUUCUGUGUUUACUUUUGCUCCUUCAAUAACUAAACCGUAAUUUAGAUUCCUUCUUAUUUCCAAUAUUGUCAUCACAUUAACAAACAGCUAAGAAUUGUACAAAUAGUGUUGGCUCAAUGAGAGGUGGUUCUUUACCGACACACGAGAGGCGGUGGGCCUCAGACACCGUACCCGCCAAAACGACUCUCAGUUCUACUACGUCGCCUGGGACUGAGUCUAACUCCGCAGAGGAGUUCGUCGAGGUCACCCUCGACCUCCAGGAUGAUGACACCAUCAUUCUCCGAAGCGUGGAGCCGGCCACCGUCAUCAAGGUCGAUGACGGUGCCGAUACUCCUGUCUCCGCGUCAGCCUCGGCUCCACGAUCCCCGACGAUCAAGCGAAGCUCAUCCAACAAACUGAGACAGUUAUCACAAGAACUAAAAGCCGAAGCCGUCGCCAAAGCCAAGCAGUUCUCACAAGAGUUAAAAGCCGAACUACGCAAGUUUUCAUGGGGCCACGGGCACGCACCUCAGACCGUAACCGGAUUCGACUCGGCUUUAGCCGCUCGAGCUUUGAGAAAGCAGCGAGCUCAACUCGACAGGACUCGGUCCGGCGCUCAAAAAGCACUUCGCGGAUUACGAUUUAUAAGUAACAAUAAAACCAAUGCAUGGGAAGAAGUUCAAAACAAUUUCAACAAACUCGCCAAAGACGGCUUUCUCUUUCGCUGCGAUUUCGCACAAUGCAUAGGAAUGAAAGACUCGAAGGAAUUUGCAUUGGAGAUGUUCGAUGCAUUGAGUAGGCGAAGGAGAUUAAAAGUCGAAAAAAUUAGCAAAGACGAACUUUAUGAAUAUUGGUCUCAAAUCACCGAUCAAAGUUUUGAUUCUCGCCUCCAGAUCUUCUUCGACAUGGUGGACAAGAAUGAAGAUGGUAGAAUCACCGAGGCUGAAGUAAAAGAGAUUAUCAUGUUGAGUGCUUCAGCGAACAAGCUAUCAAGAUUGAAGGAGCAGGCGGAAGAAUACGCAGCUCUGAUCAUGGAAGAGUUGGAUCCUGAAAGACUUGGAUACAUUGAGCUAUGGCAAUUGGAGACACUUCUCUUGCAAAAGGACACGUAUCUGAGCUAUAGUCAAGCCCUAAGCUACACAAGCCAAGCCCUGAGCCAAAACUUGCAAGGAUUAAGAAAGAAGAGCAGAAUCAGAAGAAUGAGCACUAAAGUUUUAUACUAUUUGGAAGAAAAUUGGAAAAGGAUAUGGGUCGUGUCAUUGUGGAUUAUGAUUAUGAUAGGGCUCUUUACUUGGAAGUUCUUUCAAUAUAAGCAGAAGAGUUCUUUCCAGGUUAUGGGUUACUGUCUCCUCACAGCCAAGGGAGCAGCUGAGACCCUGAAGUUUAACAUGGCUCUUAUCCUCUUGCCCGUGUGCAGAAACACCAUUACUUGGCUCAGGUCCACCAAGCUGGGUCUCUUUGUACCUUUUGACGAUAAUAUCAACUUUCACAAGACAAUAGCUGCAGCGAUUGUAAUUGGAGUCAUUCUUCAUGCCGGUAACCAUCUUGCCUGCGAUUUUCCGAAGCUUAUCAAUUCUUCUGCUGAAGACUAUAAGGACUUUCUAAUCCAUGACUUCGGAAGUCAUAAGCCAACGUAUAUAGACCUGAUAAAAGGGGCUGAGGGCGUGACUGGAAUUCUAAUGGUCAUCUGCAUGACAAUUGCAUUUACGCUAGCAACAAAAUGGUUUAGGCGGAACCUGAUUAAGCUGCCCAAGCCCUUUGAUAGAAUCACUGGCUUCAAUGCUUUUUGGUACUCACAUCACCUGUUUGUGAUUGUCUACGUCUUGCUCAUCAUCCACGGCGUUUUCCUUUAUCUUGUGCACAUAUGGUACCGUAAGACGACUUGGAUGUACCUAGCUGUUCCAGUUUUCUUAUAUGCUGGAGAAAGGAUCCUGAGAUUCUUCCGUUCUGGUUCCUAUACUGUCCGGAUUUUGAAGGUUGCUAUUUAUCCGGGAGGUGUUCUCACAUUACAAAUGUCUAAGCCACCUCAAUUUCGGUAUAAGAGUGGACAGUACAUGUUUGUGCAGUGCCCUGCUGUCUCUCCCUUUGAAUGGCAUCCAUUUUCCAUCACCUCUGCUCCUGGUGAUGAUUACCUUAGUGUUCAUAUCCGUCAACUAGGUGACUGGACCCAAGAGCUCAGACGGCUGUUCUCAGAGGUUUGUGAACCUCCUGUAGCUGGGAAAAGUGGGCUUCUUAGGGCUGAUGAGACGACUAAGAGAAGUUUGCCGAAGCUCUUAAUAGAUGGGCCGUAUGGUGCCCCUGCACAAGACUAUCACAAGUAUGAUGUCCUGUUACUCGUGGGGCUUGGAAUUGGUGCAACACCAUUCAUCAGCAUUUUAAAAGAUCUGCUUAACAACAUUGUCAAAAUGGAGGAGCAGGCAGAUUCGGUCUCAGAUACCAGUAGGACAUCGGACAUAAGUAUCGGGAGCAAUGAUUCAACCACUCCUAACAGAGUUUCACCAAAGCGAAAGAAAACUCUUAAGACGACCAAUGCUUAUUUCUAUUGGGUAACCAGGGAGCAAGGUUCAUUUGAUUGGUUCAAAGGGGUCAUGAAUGAAGUUGCAGAACUUGAUCAAAGGGGUGUCAUUGAAAUGCACAACUAUUUAACUAGCGUGUACGAGGAAGGAGAUGCACGUUCAGCUCUCAUCACCAUGGUCCAAGCAUUAAAUCAUGCCAAGAAUGGAGUUGACAUCGUUUCCGGCACCAGGGUGCGGACCCAUUUUGCAAGGCCUAAAUGGAAGAACGUUCUCUCUAAACUAAGUUCUAAGCACUGCAACGCAAGGAUAGGAGUCUUUUACUGCGGGGCACCGGUUUUGGCUAAAGAACUCAGCAAACUCUGCUAUGAGUUCAACCAAAAAGGUUCCACUAAAUUUGAAUUCCACAAGGAGCAUUUCUAAGAGAUUACCGUGGGGAGUAAAUAGAAUUACUAAAUGUUUAUUCUCCCUUCACCAUUCAUAGCCCAAUCUCCUUGCUUUACCUAGAGAAUAAGAAUUUUUGCAAUAAGCCAAGAAAGCACGAGUCACUGUACAGUCUUAGAAUAGAAAAGGAGAAGAAAAGAAAGAAGAAAAGAAGAAGAAGAAGAAGAAGAAGCAAAGAUACUAUUUCAUUAGGACUAUCGUUGUAUACCCACAAAAAAAGAGUGGGGAAACGGCUUGGAAUUCUAAGGUGAAUCUUUCAUUGCACACGUGGCGUAAGUAGGGAUAGAAACAUGGCAGGUGAUCCCAGAAUGAAAAGUUAGGCCAGCAAGAAGAGUGGUGAGUGCGGUACAGCUGCAACGGAGAGGGUCCGAGGCUGGUGAAACGAUAAAGCCAGGCAAUGAUUGGUAGACAUUCAUAGGUGGAUUUAGGAGGAAGACAAUUUUGAAAAGCAGAUGCUUGAGGGAAGUGACGGGGUGGCGUGGGAUUUGGAAAUUCGGAAUGGAUUCGUCUUUUUGACCUUUUCCAAAGUUUCGUCGGGGGAAUCCUUCUAGAAUGUCGAUGCUGAUAAGUAUGUCAAGCUACUACUAUUACAUUAUUAUUAUUAUUCAUUAUUUCAGAUUACAAUAAGGAUCAGGUGUAGAUGAUGAUGAUGGUUUACAGUUUUUUGUAAGUUAAUUUUGCUAGCUUUAUCGCCAUCUAAAUACAUAUUCAAGAGAGGGCUUUCUAUAGUUAUUGUGUAAAUGUAAAUGGCUACGAUCAGUUAUAAAUUAUGAUAGAAUCCUAAUUGAUUUCUUUUCUUUUCUUUA